AUGUCUCCCAUCAUCGCCCGCGCUGCCAUCCGCAAUGCCGCCGCUACCGGCCGCCGCCAGUUCUCGGUGGUGCGGUCCCUGCGCAGCUUCGCUCGGUCUUUUGAGCCCCAUGUCUUCCAGCGCCUGCCCGUUGCCGGUGACGCCCAGGCUCCCGACUACGGUCGUCUAAUCAAGCGGAGUGGCAAGACCAUUGCUAUCUACUUCCCCGUCGCUUUUACCAUCCUGGGUUGGCCGAUGAUCGCCAAGAAGGGCCUUGACGGCCAUGUCCACUAG